AAGCAUACGAGGGCGGAAAUUGGAGUCGAUGUGAGGACCUUUUGAGAUGGUCUGGGAGAUCACCACGAAGAAGGCUGCUGUUCUUUUCAGCGAGGGACCUGUUAGACUUGAAUAGUUCGUUUUGUGCUUCAGGACCGUCGGCCAUGGCCGACAUGGGAGGAGGAGUGUGCGUUAGGGUUAGGGCUUGUAAAGCUCAUGCCGGCAUCAAAAUUCUACUAGUACUGGCACUUCGUUACAGACCGUUGUCUUGUACCAGCGUUAUAGUGAAAUCUCUGCUAGUCAUGCUCCCUCAUGAUCUCUGCUCACAUGUUCAAAAUGCCUUCCGCGCGCGCCACGCCAAAAUUUUUGUUGAGCACAAUACACAAAACCUCGGAAUUCUCUCCAUCCUCCUUCGAGCCGGCUUCAUUUCCAACAUAACCAGAGGAACGAUUACCUCUCCAGACCCUAUCGCAUUCCAUAACGUACCCGAACCUCAGCAGCGAAUUUGGGCUGAUCUCAAGUACAGAAACGAUAUACCGGUCCUUAAAAAUAUGGAGUUGGUUAGUAAACCCAGUAAGAAGGUCUUUAUGGACUUGGGGGAGAUCAGGAGAUUAUGCAGUGGUAGAAGAGCGGGCUCCGUACCGCCAUUAGGAAUGGGAGAAAUUGUCGUUGUCAGGACGAGGAAUAAAGAAUAUCAGUGGCUAGAAGCUCGCGAGGCAUUGCAGAUGAAGUUGGACGGAGAGGUAGUCUGUCGAGCACGGUGAACGUGGAGGUAUAGGGGCUUUUAUCUUUUUUCACUCUUUAUUUUCACAUUAUCCAAAAAAAUAUCAAAACGGAUGCGUCUGCAUUGAGCACCAACAUUCUUGUCUAAAUCCCGUACUAUCCACACGGGAUGCUAAAAUUAUCAGGAUGUUGCGAAGGAAACGUUGCAGUCCGACCUCCGUCACAACGAGAAAAGUUUUUAUAUGAUUAUUUGGUGCCCAGUUAUUUCCUGACACAACGCGGGACUCGUGAACCGUUCUCAGCUUGGUUAUACUUUCUCCUCCAUUUC